CUUGGAUAUUGGGGUAUUUUCAAGGAUGUCGAAUCUCUUCACGAAAUGGCUGAUUAUGUCAGGAAGGAGAACAAUUGCUCAGAGAUCUCGAUAUGUCCAGGAUUGCAUGCCAGCAGAGUUGUUGGUAUUGACGAGACAGGCUCAUGGCGAAGGGCUGAAGGAGGUACUAAAACAGUUGAAGAAUCUAGAUAG